AUGCAGCGCCUGGCAUUGUCGCAAGAGGACAAGCAAGUGAGGGAUUGGUUCAUCGAAACGACAAAAGCCCUCAACUGUCGGGUCACCAUCGACGAGAUGGGGAAUAUCUUUGCAGUUCGUCCUGGGCGCAGGACAGAUGUGCCCCCUGUCUUUAUCGGUAGCCAUCUGGAUACGCAACCGACCGGCGGCCGUUACGAUGGAAUUUUGGGUGUCCUUUCCGGCAUUGAAGCUUUGAAGUCCAUGGACGACAUGGGUCUCGAGACAGAGGGUGGUGUAGGCGUGGUCAACUGGACUAACGAAGAAGGCGCACGGUUCCCUAUCAGCAUGAUCUCCUCUGGAGUAUGGGCUGAAUGUAUCCCUCUGUCGCAAGCCCACGAGCUCAAGGAAGUCCCAACGGUUGCAUCUCUACCCACGGCGUCGUCGGCUCCCGAGACCAUGAGAUCGGCACUUGAGAAGAUCGAUUAUCUUGGAAGUGUGCCAUGUUCGUACAAGCAGACUCCAAUGGCUGCUCACUUCGAGCUGCAUAUCGAACAAGGGCCUCACCUCGAGACUGCAGGCCAGCACGUGGGCGUUGUCACGGCCGUCCAAGCAUACCGCUGGUUCCGCCUCACCAUUGUCGGCAGAGAUACCCAUACGGGUACUACCGCUUUUGAACAUCGUGCAGAUGCAUUGUAUGCUUUCGCCCAGAUGAUGGUGCGUGCCCGUGAGGUUGCUUCCUCUCAUGGCUGCCUGGCCAGCGUUGGCAUCGUGGAGGCCAAGCCCGGCAGCGUGAACACCGUCCCUGGUGUCGUCAGCUUCACUCUGGAUAUCCGUGGCCCAGAGGAUGAAUUGGUCAAUGUUGUGGAAAAGCAAUUGAGGAAGGACUUCGACGCUAUCGCAGCGGAAGAAGGUAAACCCAUUGGGAAGCCUUGUCGCGUGGAAUGGACUCUGGACUUCGAUUCGCCUGUGGUGAAGUUCCACCCGGACUGCAUCGAUUGCGUUCAGCAAUCUGCAGAAGCAGUCGUUGCGGAUUCUAACUCGACAGACCCCAAGUCUCUGACAAGAACGAUCAUGAGUGGUGCCGGCCACGACAGUGUCUUUACCUCGAAGAGGGUUCCGACUAGCAUGAUCUUCGUUCCGUGCAAAGACGGGCUUAGCCAUCAUCCGGAAGAGUUCUGCUCGGCAGAUGAUUGUGCAACCGGCGCCUCAGUCAUCUUGCAGGCUGUUAUCCGCUACGACCGUAAGAGAUUCUCCAACUAG